AUGCACGAGAAUGCUUGCCGGAAUGGUCCAAUACAUCAUCCAGAUGAUACAUCUGAACCUGAUCAUCUGCCGCCGUCCAGAAUGGCAUCACCUGUAUCUCAAUUUGAAGUUGAUGAUAUCCAAGAUUAUAGAUGUGGCCCUGGUGCUCCAGCAGUGCCUCCGAAAGUCAAUCCUGAGCCCUGGCGUCCAUUUCGCACUCGUAUUGACUUUGAAGUGGCCGAACUUGCUCAUGAAGCUGUGCUAACUCAUGAGCAGACAGACUGGUUCAUCAAACUUAUUCAUUGCAGUAGAUACACGUGGGAUGCAGCCUUGUUCAAAUUGACUCCCUUUACGAAGGAAGAGGUUGUUACCUUUCUGUUUUUUCAUCACUCGCUAUGGGACUGGGCUGUGGACUUACUUCAGGAUCCUGAAGUUGGUCCACAUUUCGUUUUCGAUGCCCAACAGCUUUCAAAGUUUGAUGGCGAGAAAUUUGUUUGGCAUAUUCAUGAGCCUUGGACUGCUGAUGCCUUCUGGGAAUAUCAGUCGAAGAUACCAUCAGAUGCUAAACCACUUGUGUUUAUCCUCUACGCAGACAAGGCCAAAUUAUCAUCCUUCAGUUGUGCAAAAGGUUAUCCGGUAGUUGCGCGGUGCACUAAUCUUCCUGUUGCUGUUUGUAAUGGUGAGGGCUUGGGUGGUGGGCAAGUUGUGGGUUGGUUACCCAUUGUAAAAGAAGACAAGAAACAUUCCAGAAAGCCUGCCUUCGUUAAUUUCAAAAAUGCUGUGUGGCAUACAUCAUUUUUGAAGCUGCUCGCUUGUCUCGCACCGCUGUCAAGGCUCGGCUCUUCUGUUAAAUGUUGGGACGAUGUUGUCUGCACUUUCUAUCCAAUCAUACUCAUACUCUCUGCAGACUAUGAAGAACAGGUCAUGAUGGCAUUGAUUCGUGGUCUAAUGGGAAAGUUUCCUUGCCCUGUCUGCCUCGUUCCUCGUGAGGAACUCUCCAAGGGAUUAAAUGCAUAUCAAUUUCGCAUGUCUGAAGAUGCAAAGGCAUUACAUGCUCAGGCCCAAGAGUCUACAACAUUGGAAGCAAGAGAGCAGGUAUUGAGCUCGGAGAGCCUCCGUGAUGUCGAUAGUGCAUUUGACACCAUGGAGCACACCAAUGUCUACCAAACUCUAUCAUUUGACAAACUUAACUUUAAUGACGAGGGAAAGUUUGAUCACCUGUGGACAGAAUUGCAAAAAUGGAUCACUAAUUCCAGUCGACAAGCUGCAGUGGUAAUUGAUGCUUUGCAAGUAUUUUUUUUCUUCGAAUCGUUUCUGUGUUGGCGAAAUUUGAAUCACUUCAACCAGGUGGUAUCAAUAUCCUUUUCUGAUGGAAUGAAAUAUGAAGAUAUAUCAAAGCUGAUCGUUUUCGCUGCCCAUAAUGUAUUUAAGCGUGAUCUGGAUUCCCAGGCUUAUCUCCUGCUUUGUUGUAUUCAGAGUUAUGUGGAAUUCAACACAUAUGCAUCGCUAGAGGUCCACACCAAGGAUACGAUCAGGGAUGGCCGAAAUACAUUGUUGGAGCUUACGGAACUUAUGGAUAUAUAUAUCAAAGAUACAGCAGACCUCUCAGAGAAGUCUUGGAAUUUUCCCAAGAUGCAUCUUUCCGCUCAUCUCUUCGACGACAUUGAGGCAAAGGGCGUCACCCAAAACUACAAUAUGAAGCCAAAUGAGAAAAUGCACGGCCCACUGAAGGACACUUAUCAAGAUUGUACAAACUUCAAGAAUUUCGCAGAACAGAUUCUCCAAUACAACCAUGAUGGCUUAGUUGCAGAAUAUAUUUGUAGCAAGAUGGAGUGCCUCGAUGCACAGAAUCUCGGUUCAUUAGUUGUGCCUGAUCCAUCGGAGAUAACUGAGUUCAGAUUUAUUAAAGUCAGCUACGAGUCACUCGUUGACUGGCGAAUUUCUGUGGACUAUCUCCAAUGUAAUCCAAUGUUCCAUGGAUCACCUCAAUAUGAUUGUGUCAUCCUGCAGGCAGAAUCUGGUCCUAUCUUCGCCAAACUGUUGUUAGUCUUCACCUGCACAGUUGGGGAUGUCGCAUAUCCUAUUGCACUCACACUCCCGUAUGAUCAACUGGUGGGCACUCAACUGUGGAAGGAUAAAGACUUCAAAUUUUGGCGAGUCAAGGCGAAGCCCAGAGCCUCUGCUGAGUGCUUUUCGGUCCAGUCAAUAAUCUGUGGUUGUGUAUUGGCAGAGGAUAGUACCAGAGCAAACAAGUUCUUGGUUGUUGAUAUGACUGACACAGAUAUAUUCCUUUGA